GGUAGUGCCGAAGUUGGAGAACCGACUCCCAUCCCCUUCUCCACUCCACUGCGACCGCGGCGCCAUGGAGCAAGCUCCAGCGGCGCCGCCGACGAUGCCCCGAGUCAAGCUCGGCACCCAGGGGCUAGAGGUGUCCAAGCUGGGGUUCGGGUGCAUGGGGCUCACGGGCGCGUACAACUCGCCGCUCGACGACGACGCCGGCAUCGCCGUCGUCCUGCACGCCUUCCGCCGCGGCGUCACCUUCUUCGACACCUCCGACGUGUACGGCCCCCACACCAACGAGGUCCUCCUCGGCAAGGCGCUGAAGCAGCUGCCGCGGGAGCAGGUGCAGGUGGCCACCAAGUUCGGGAUAAGGCGGGGCGCCGACGGCGUGAGCUCCAUCUGCGGCCGCCCGGAGUACGUGCGCGCCUGCUGCGAGGCCAGCCUGGGCCGCCUCGGCGUCGACUGCAUCGACCUCUACUACCAGCACCGCAUCGACACCUCCAUCCCCAUCGAGGAGACGAUUGGUGAGCUCAAGAAAUUGGUGGAGGAGGGGAAGGUGAAGUACAUUGGGUUGUCGGAGGCGAGCCCUGACACCAUCAGGCGAGCUCACGCCGUGCACCCAGUCACUGCAGUUCAGAUGGAAUGGUCUCUUUGGGCUCGCGAUAUUGAACCCGAAAUUGUGCCACUCUGCAGGGAGUUGGGCAUUGGAAUUGUCCCCUACAGCCCUAUUGCCCGCGGUUUUUUUGGAGGGAGAGGAGUGACACAGCAAUUGGCAGCUGAAUCUAAUUUGAAAGGACACCCACGAUUUUCUGCAGAAAAUUUGGAGAAGAACAAGCUUCUUUACCUGAAGAUGGAAGAGCUAGCCAAGAAGCACCAUUGCAGCCCUGCUCAGCUAGCUCUGGCUUGGGUUCUGCACCAAGGGGAUGAUGUGGUCCCAAUACCAGGGACAACCAAGACAAAAAACCUAGAUGCGAACAUUGACUCCUUGAAGGUGAACCUCACGGAUGAUGACCUGAAAGAAAUCUCCAGCCAGAUACGCGAAGAAGAUGUCGCUGGUGGAAGACAGUAUACCUCCUUUCAACAGUAUACCUGGAAGUAUGCUGACACGCCAAGCCAAGGAAGAAAGUCUGCAAAAUACUAGCAUAAUAUGAAUAAUGCAGCACAUAUAUUGUCUGACUGCCAUUUUCUCUGCUUAUGUGCCGAAUGGUAUUAAAUAUAUAUAACUGUGAAUGUUUUGUGCCUAAUAAUAUACUACCAAUAAUAAAUUACUACACUUCCACUCGCCUUUGAGAACAUAUAAAGCAUGUUUAAGCUUUGUGUGUGUGUGUGCGCGCGCGCGCGCUUGUAAUCCUUUUGUAAGUGUAGACUGAGUGAAGUGCUAAGCAUGGCUUGUUUGUUUUUUU